GCAUCUUGUCCUUCCACGCCUGGACCCCAAUACCUGCUCGAACCACACCUUGCUGCCAAGGACAGCCGCAGCCUGCACACACCAAAACGCGACCUCCGCUCUCUGUAAGACCAAGACAAAACUGAAACAUGUCUCAACAUGGCGCAGGCGGCAGCGGUGGUGGGGGUGGCGGCAGUGGCGGCGGGGGUGACUACUUCCCUAAACUCUCGCCGAUGCUGGCAGCAACGAGACACCACUCUUCCCCGCACAUGCAACAGCAGGCCGUCGACGAGGCAAGACGCGCUGCCGGCGGCGGCGGCAGCGGCAGCGGCAGCGGCUUCGGGCAGCACCAGCAUCAACUACAUCAACAACAGCACCAGCAGCACCAGCAGCACCCUUCGCCAGACAUUCGCGGGAUCGUCCCCUCGCGCUCGGAGGGGGGGGGCAGCAGCAGCAGCAGCAGCCGGGGAGGAGGAGGAGGAGCAGGCACCACUACCGCCGGGAGGCCGCCGCCGCUCGCGGACAACCCCGGCCGUGCCGCCGGCAGCAGCGGCGGCGGCCGUGGAACAGACUUCUCUCAGAUGCCGUCGAGCCCAGAGCACAACUUGGGUCUCAAGGCGCACGCCGCGGAGUUCGUGCCUGGCGGGGCCGCGUCGGCGGCGGCAGCGGCAGCAUCAGGAGGGGGAAGAGCACCGCCCGGCAAGGCCAGCAAGAAGGGCGGGCGGUCCGGCGCAGAGGCGAAGACCGCGGACUCCUCCGACCUCACCGCAUUCGCCCAAGAGUUCGUACCCGGCGGCGGCGGUACCGGCAGCGGAGAUGCCGCUGGAUCGGCAGCAGCAGAAGCGGCGGCGGGGGGGGGGACGGGGCCGGAAAAGAUGGUCCAGGUGGUGCGCGGAGGCACCAUCUACUUCGUGCCGGAGAGCGAGGCGCUGGCGACAGACGAGCUCGUCGGGCCGGAAGCGUACGGGCCGCAGGAGGAAGGGUUCCUGUGGGCCGCAGGGUCGGCGGCGCUCGCCGCGCCGCAGAGACGCACCAUGCACAGCACGGCCGUCCCGGAGCAGCUGUGGGCAGAGUUCCAGAACCACUCCCUCAGCGUCCUCCGACAGCUUCCCCCCGACGACGAGCGGCUCAAGGAGAUCCCGCCGCAGUUCUACGCCGCUUUCCCGCUGGACGACGCCUCCAAGACUCGAGGCACCGCCGGGUCUUUCGGCUACCCCAGCGAGACCUACAAGGUCAUCCAGCACCACAACGGGCAGGCCUUUGCCCUGCGCCGCUUCGACACCGCGCGCACGACGGCGAAGAUCGUGGCCAUGGGGACGGAGAUUUGGCUGUCCAUGCCGGAGCACCCGGCCAUCACCCGCCCUCGAGAGGCGUUCCUCCAUCGCAACGCUCUCUUCUUCGUGUCCGACUUCCACCCGGGAGCGGAGACCCUGUCCGAGCGGUUCAUCCAGAGGCAGGGCGGGCUGCUCUCGGAGGGCCUCCUGUGGCGCCUCGUGUGCCAGCUGCUGGGCGCGCUGCGGGCGACCCACGCGGCCGGGGCGGCGCUCCGCAACGUCCACCCGAGCCGCGUGCUGUACUGCCUUGUCGGAGACCGGGUGCGGGUGAACUGGGUCGGCUGCCUGGACGUCCUGGAGUACGAGACGCGCAAGCAGGUCUCCGAGCUGCAGCGGCAAGACAUGGUGGACCUGGGAAGCCUCAUCCUGGCGCUGGCGUGCCGACAUCCCGUCACCGUCGCCUCCCGGGGGGAAUCGCUCGCGUUCACGGCGCAACACUACACGCCCGAGCUGCACAACCUGGCGGCGUCGCUCGUGUCGAAGAAGCCUCCCAGCGUUUUCGAGGUCUGCGUGGCAACCGCCCAUCACACCAUGGACGCCAUGGAGAACACGCUGAUGGCAAACGGCGCGCUUCAGGGCCACUUGGCAAGCGAGUAUGACAACGGGCGGCUGCUGCGGCUGCUCCUGAAACUGGGCACUCUGAACGAGAGGCCCGACCAGGGCGGGGUCGGGGAGUGGUCGGAGACCGGGGAGCGUUACAUCCUCAAGCUCUUCAGGGACUACCUCUUCCACCAGGUGGAUGCGGACGGCGAGCCGGUGAUGGACUUCGGGCACGUGUACCAGAGCCUGUCGCUCCUCGACGCCGGUAACGAGGAGAAGAUCCUCCUCACCAGCAGGGACAGGCGCUCUCUCUUGGUCGUGUCGUUCGCGGACGUGAAGCGCUGCCUCGAGGAGGCCUUCGCCGAGGUCUCCGGUCACGGUGGUAGCGGCGGGGGGCGAAGCGGCAGCAACGGUGGCGGCCGGGGCGGGAUGGCGAUGGGGAUCGGGGGUGUGCACGGAGGGGGCCACGCGGGGGGUCUCGUGCACGGCGGCGGGGUACACGGGGGCGGGGUUCACGUCGUCCACGGAGGGGUCGUGCCGCACCACCCGGGCGGUGGCGGCGGCGGCGGCGGCGGCGGCGUGGUGGUCCCGAUGGGGCACCACCCUCACCACCAUCCCCAGCACCACCACCCCCACCACCCCCAGCACCACCACCCCGGCAUGGUGAUGAUGGGACCGCCGAUGGUGGGGCACCACCCGGGGGGGCCUCCGCAGCCACCGCCGUACUGA